AUGUCAGAUGAGAUCGCGCAAGAUGAAGAGGACGCUGAAGACUAUGAUCUCGAGGCUCUGGAGCACCGUACAGCUGCGCGAGGACAUCACGACGACGACGACGAUAUCACUCUAGUCGGAAGACGGGGUCCUGACUCAGUUGCAGACGACGGCGUGGUCUUCGAAAUCGGUGAUGAUGAACAGGAUGCUAGCGACGUUGAAGAGUCGGAGACCGCAAAGAAGCGUCGCGCCGAACGCCGCCAGUCCGCCGACAAGCAAAAUGGGGGGCACCACGAGCGGGAAGGAUUGAUGGGUGCAGAGGAUCCAAAAGACCGCGAUGACUAA